GAGCCGCCGAAGACGAUGAAGGCAGGCGGUAGGGGCGAGCUCGUUGUGGGCCGUCGUGGGCUUUCUACGGCGCUUAUCUUCCAAUCGCAGGUAUCCAUGAUUCAUGCUUCAGGCGGCAGACAUGUCCUCCACGAUCGCUCUCCUAUAAAUGAGCGUGCUCUAUCUCUUCCUGUUGCCAUUGCCAUCCGGCCGCCGCUCACCUCCGCCGGCCCCAUCCAUCUCAACCGCGAACCCUGCAAAAACCCUAACCCCCCGAUGGCCGGCGGCAGCGGCCUCGCCGACGACGGCUUCCCGGCGGCGCGGCUUUUCUCGCAGGGCGUCUCCUACACCUACGACGACGUGAUCGUCCUCCCGGGCUACAUCCACUUCCCCGCCGACGCCGUCGACCUCUCCACCCGCCUCUCCCGCCGCGUGCCGCUCGCGGCCCCCUGCGUCGCCUCGCCCAUGGACACCGUCUCCGAGGCACCCAUGGCCGCCGCCAUGGCCUCCGUCGGCGGCGCCGCCGUCGUCCACAGCAACGCCGACCCAGCGACCCAGGCCUCCAUCCUCCGCGCCGCCAAGGCACGCCGCGUCCCCUUCGUCUCGGGCACCCCGUUCCUCGCCCCCUCGUCCGUCCCCUCCGCAGCCGACUUCGCCGGCUGCACGUACGCCCUCGUCACCGAGCGCGGGGACGCGCUGUCCCGCCUCCUCGGCGUCGCCGCCGCCGCCGACCGCAAACCCGGCGUCCCCGUGUCGGAGUACAUGACCCCCGUCCCCCGGACGGCGUCUGCCGCCUUCGAUUUCGAGCAAGCCGCCGCCUUUCUCGCCGACGAGGGCCUGGACUUCGCGCCCCUCGUCUCCGACGAGGGCGCCGGUGAGGUCGUCGACCUCAUCACCGCGCAGGACGUCGAGCGCAUCCGGAGCUACCCGAAGCUGGGCAAGCCGUCGCUCGGAGCGGACGGGAGGUUCGUCGUCGCGGCGGCGAUUGGGACGCGGGAGGAGGACAAGCGCAGGCUCGAGCUGCUGGUCAAGGAAGGGGCUAACGCCAUAGUCAUCGACAGCUCUCAGGGGAACUCUGUUUACCAGCUCGACAUGAUCAAGUACGCGAAGAGGAUGUACCCUGAAGUGGAUUUGAUCGGCGGAAACGUGGUGACCAUUGCACAGGCGCAGAAUUUGAUCGGCGCCGGCGUGGAUGGGUUGCGGGUGGGGAUGGGUUCUGGAUCGAUUUGCACGACGCAGGAAGUUUGUGCUGUGGGCAGAGGGCAGGCUACUGCAGUUUACAAGGUCACAUCAUAUGCGAAGGAUCAUGAUGUGCCGGUUAUUGCCGACGGUGGAAUUUCAAACUCUGGACAUAUUGUGAAGGCUCUGACCCUAGGAGCAUCUACUGUUAUGAUGGGUAGUUUCCUAGCUGGAAGUCUUGAAGCCCCUGGUGUUUAUGAGUACAAGGAUGGACAUCGUGUCAAAAAAUACAGAGGGAUGGGUUCCCUCGAGGCUAUGACAAAGGGGAGUGAUGCCAGAUACCUUGGCGACACGCUUAAGCUUAAGGUUGCUCAAGGAGUUGUUGGAUCAGUUGCUGACAAGGGCUCUGUAUUGAGGUUCAUACCUUAUACGAUGCAAGCUGUCAAGCAAGGCUUCCAGGACCUGGGUGCAUCCUCCUUGCGGUCAGCCCAUGAUCUUUUACAAUCGGAAUCUCUUCGACUAGAGGUAAGAACCGGAGCUGCCCAAGUCGAAGGAGGGAUCCACGGUCUUGUUUCUUACGAGAAGAAGGCAUUCUGAUGCAGUGACCUGCAUUGGCCACGGUCCAGAGCGCGCGGAUGGCUGAAACUCCAAUUCCAUUGUGGUCUUCUCUGAAGCCUGGUAGCUCGUCUGAACCCCUGUAUGUACAAUUCUGGGAACUGUUGGUUUCGCUUGCCUGCAAGCACGGUGCCAAGCCCGGCACCGUUUGUAACUUUGUGGUCCCAUUUCAAACACUAACUCAGCAUUCCAAAUGAACAACUGCUGUGCUUUUGGUGAAAUAAGUUGGAAAUGGAUUGUUGAUGGAUGCUAUGCAUCUCCAUGCCCUCUCU